AAUGGCGACGAAGAGAAGACAAGUCUAUUGGGUGGUGGUGGUGGUGGAGUUAGGGGUGAGGUUGAGGUUGAGGUUGGGGUUGAAGGGGUUGAGAGGUUGGCAGUGGAUGGCCAGGCGGACAGGGCUGGAGGCACUUGGAUGGCUAAUGCGGCGUUCGGCAACAGCAUGUUCAUGAGG